AUGGCAGCAAUUACGACAGGAAAAGACACGACGGCUAUCACUAAUCGUAAACAUCGCAAGAGUGUAGUAAACAUCGAUGAUCCUGAUUCCCAGCCUUUGCUUCCAGUCAAAGAGAACAAACCUUCCGUAUACGAUCCCCCAGAUAUCACUUCAGAAUCCUUGAGGGAGAGAUGGGCCCUCCAGGAAAUAGGUCUCUCUACACACAACACCUUCAAAUCACUCUAUACCCUUCCUUUACGUGCUCUCAUCGCCGCGUUCCGCGUCAUUGAUUCAGCAUUAAGCUAUCUUCGAUACCCGCUACUAGGCUUGGUCAUACUGUCGUUCAUGUAUGGCCAUCUCAGCGAUGUGUAUCCACAUGAGCAUGAUGGAGGUAUAGAUACGAACCCUAGCACGAUUAUGGUCACGACGACCGUGACGAAAAUCAGCACAACGACUGUCCUGCCAAGCUCGAGUACAAGUCGCGGUAUAUCCACUCUUGAGAAUCUGGAAGGAGGGACUGCUGGAAUAUCGACGAUAAGGAAGAAGAACCCCAUCAAGCCCUCUACUUCCUCUCCCUCGGAUUUCCUCUCCUUUGUCAUCAAGACGGAUCUAGCGUGUGAUGGGUCAUCUUGGCUAUCAAGUAAGGAAGCGACGAAGAAGGCUGCACAGACAUCGAGUCCCGGAAAUUCAACGACCACGUCUUUCCGCAGGUCUCGAAAAGCUGCUGCGACAGAUAUGGAGAAGCCAAUUACUUCCGCAAGGGAAAGUAUUAGUGCUCGUGCUCCUCCGUCAUCAGAUCCAAGGAGGAGUACAACUCAGAAGAAGCGGAUGUAUCUUUAG